AUGGCGAGCGAGCGAACGCCGUUGAUUGAGCACGUGCCUGUCGCGGACCGGGAGGAACGUUACUCCAACAGAAAGCUUCGCAGAGCAUGUUCGAUCGUACUCACAGCCGUGCCAGCGCUCAUCAUCCUCCUCCUUGUAGUCGGACUGAUCUACGGCGGAACGAAGGGUAUCUUUGGCGGUAACAAGAAGAAGUCUGAGCCAGAUAGCAUAGCAUCCUCCAGCGUCGAGCUACCACACUCAGCAUGGCCUGAAUCCGAAGGCAUCCGCUAUAGCGAUCUGAAACAGACGCUGCUCGACACACCCGAUGCGAAGAAAGCAAGAGAAUGGAGCCAAUACUAUACAGCAGGGCCACAUCUUGCGGGCAAGAACUUGAGUCAAGCGGAGUGGACAAGAGACAGAUGGGAAGAGUUCGGAGUACACCAUGCAGAGGUUGUGGCCUACGAUGUCUACAUCAACUACCCGGUGGACGCUGGACUGUCGAUGCUGCAUAAUGGCAAGGUGGCAUACAAGGCGAGCUUGGAGGAGGACAUUCUGCCAGAAGAUCCUACGACGAGUCUUGAGGAUCGCAUUCCUGUCUUCCAUGGCUACUCUGCGAGUGGUAAUGCGACUGGCCAGUUCGUUUUUGGCAACUAUGGUACUUUCCAGGAUUACCAAGACUUGAUCGAUGCGGGCGUUGACCUUGAGGGCAAGAUUGUCAUUGUCAAGUACGGCGGUAUCUUCCGCGGUCUGAAGGUUAAGCGUGCGUCUGAACUUGGUGCGAUCGGUGUCGUAAUGUACAGCGACCCUGGAGACGAUGGCGAGGUCACGGAGAAGAACGGCCUCGAGACAUACCCAGAUGGACCAGCCAGGAAUCCAAGCAGUGUCCAGCGUGGCAGCUGUCAGUACCUUUCGUUCGCUCCUGGUGACCCAACCACGACUGGCUAUGCGUCCAAGCCAGGGGUUCCUCGCCAGUCUCCAGAUGGCAAGAUUCCAGAUAUCCCUUCGAUACCGAUCUCAUAUCUCGAGGCAUUUCCUAUCCUCAAGGCACUCAACGGCCAUGGCCCCAAUGUCACCUCUUUCCCCGACUCAUGGCAGCACAACCUUGGCCUUGACUACAAAGGCGUCAAGUACAACAUCGGACCCAGCCCAGAGAAUGUCACAUUGAACCUCUUCAACCAGCAAGAGUAUACUACGACACCACUGUGGGAUGUCAUUGGCUACAUUAACGGCACAAUAUCUGACGAGGUGGUCGUUAUUGGCAACCAUCGUGAUGCUUGGAUUGCAGGUGGUGCUGGCGACCCGAACUCUGGCUCAGCUGCUUUGAACGAAGUUAUUCGCUCCUUCGGCAAGGCUCUCAAAUCCGGCUGGAAGCCUCACCGAUCAAUCGUCUUUGCCAGCUGGGAUGGUGAAGAAUAUGGCCUCAUCGGCAGCACCGAGUGGGUCGAAGACUACCUGCCUUGGCUAUCUGGCUCAACGAUCGCAUACAUCAAUGUCGACGUAGGCGCUCGAGGCCAGCACUUUACUGCAUCUGCAGCACCACUACUCAAUAAGGCCAUCUAUGAAGUCACCAGUGAGGUGCCCUCGCCGAAUCAAACAGUGCCAGGUCAGACAGUUCGCGACACCUGGAGUGGCCACAUCAGCACCAUGGGUUCUGGUAGCGACUUCACUGCAUUCCAGGACUUCGCUGGCAUUUCCUCGAUCGAUAUCGGCUUCGGCGCAGGACCUAAUGAUCCGGUUUACCACUACCACAGUAACUACGAUUCAUUCUACUGGAUGGACAAGUUCGGCGAUCCAGGCUUCGAGUAUCACAUCACCAUCGCCAAGAUUCUUGCGUUACUCGCAGCAAAGUUAGUCGAGGAGCCAAUCGUGCAGUUCAAUGCGACAGAUUACGGAGUCGGCCUUGAGAAGUACAUCGAUAGUGUGAAGUCGUUCGCGGCAGAACAGGCCGAGAUCUCGGCUGAGGUCUUCACCGACCCAUUCAAGCAGAUUGAUAAGGCGAUUUCAUAUUUCCAGGAAGCGUCCGUCAACUUCGACGCUAAGGCCGAGAAUCUUGAAGCACGUUUACAAGAUGCCUCAACAUCCUCCAAGCACAAGUCGAAGCUCUACGAGGCUAUCCGCGCCACGAACACGAAGUACAAGUUCCUCGAGAGAUCAUUCUUGCACGGUGCUGGUCUGGACAGCAGAAGCUGGUUCAAGCAUGUUGUUUUUGCGCCUGGCAGAUGGACCGGGUAUGCCGGUGCUACCUUCCCAGGGUUGGUCGAAGCAUUGGAGGAUCACGACGGCGAGGGUCUAAAGAAGUGGGCCGGAAUCAUUGAGGGCAGGAUCUAUGCUGCUGGAGAUCUGUUGAAGGAGGACUAG